AUGGCCAAGCCGGACUGGAACCAGGACUUUGAAGAGAAUGGUUUCGCCGUCAUUCCCUCCGUCAUACCACGCGAAAAAGCGAUUCAAUACCAAGGUCGUGCAUUGGACUGGCUACAAUCCUUCAACAACCCCUCACUAGACCUCAAGAAGCCGUCAACGUGGACACCCGAGAACCUCCCUUUCAUAUCCGGAAUCAACACUUUCAACCAUUACGGCGUCGUCCACGAAAAGUUCAUGUGGGACAUCCGCCUCGAGCCCGGAGUGAUCGACGUCUUCUCUCAAGUCUGGAACACCGACCAGCUGAUUGUGUCAUUCGAUGCUUUAAAUAUCACGCUUCCCCGAAGACCAGGCCAUGUUCCCCGGGAGAAGUGGCCUCACGUCGACCAGAGUCCCUACCGGGAAGGACUACAGUGUGUACAGGGAAUCGUGAACCUGUCCGAGGCUGGGCCAGAUGAUGGCGGGCUGACAGUCUAUCCGGGGUCACACAAGAUCACUGAAGCUUUCUUCCGAGAACAAACAAAUCAGGCUGAAUGGUCUCGGAAGGACUUCUUCAGGUACAGCCCAGACCAGAUUGCCUGGUUUGAGAAACGAGGGUAUCGCGAGCACAAGGUUGUCGCUAAACCUGGAGACUUGAUUAUAUGGGAUUCAAGGCUUAUUCACUUCGGUGCUGAACCUACCGAGAACAGCAACACGAUCCGUACAAUUACCUACGUUUCUUAUGCUCCAGCCUCUUUCGCCACGCCGGAGGUAACUGCAGCAAAGAGAGAAGCAUUCGACAAGUGGUUGGCCACCACUCACUGGCCGCAUGACAACAUUGUGUUGAGAACGAAUCAGCCGGUGUUACCAGAUGGUACUGUGGACACCCGGAGACAGGAACCUCGAGAGAAGCCCGAAAUCACCGAAACGCUGCUGAAGCUUGCCGGUGUCAAAUCAUACUGA